AUGCAAUAUUCUUGGUUGCCACAGGAGGCGCGCCAGCUGGUGCCACGAGCUCCUCCCGCUGUGAUUAUCUCGCAACAGCGCUAUGAACGAAUCACUUCCAACGCCACUCAGGCGCCCAAAAAGGAGCAGCAACGACAAUGGCAGCAGCGGCAACGGGACCAGGAACAAUUGCGUGCUGGUGGCGAGGAGCUUCUGCGCCAGUUUGGCGGCCGGAAGCUGUGCAGCAGCAUCCAGGAGCAGUGCAUCACGGAGCAGCGGGCGCAGGAGCAGCAUAAGAAGGCGGCGAUUCGUGAGGCACGUGAGAAGAGCGCUCUGGAUCGAAGUGAGGAGCAGCGUGUACGAGCAGAGCGCAUUGCGAAGGCACAGUUGCUGCUGGAGCAACUGCGUCCUGGACCGCGAGAGCUUCAAUGCGCCCGCCUGCAGAGCCAGGUGAUGCGAUCUGUGAAUGUCCAGCGGCAGCUACAAAUGGACUUCGCCCAGAUAAUGCGGGCACAGCGCGCGCUCGAUCGACGUGUGUACGGCGAGCAGGUGUUGCUCGGUCUGGAGCAGGCGCAGCGGCAGCAGGCCGAGCAAUGCCAGCAGCAGGUCGAGCACAAACGGGAGCUACAGUUGGCCAUUCAGCAGCGGCGACAGGAGCGUGCGAGCGAGCGGGAGGCUCAGCUCAAGCAGGAGCGCGCGGAGCGAGAGCGCCACGAGCGUGAGGUACAGCAACAAGAGGCCAAGGAACGGGAGGCGCAGGCGCAGCGGCAGCGCCAGCGCAGGGAGCACGCCUUGGCAGCGCUGGCCAUGGCCAAGCAGCAGGAGCAGCGUCUGCAAAUGCUCGACGAGGUGGAGCAGUCCAAGUGCGAGGUGCACAACGAGGCCAAGGGUCAGCUGGAUGCGCUAAAGCGGGAGCUGGGGAAGCAGCGCAUGCAGCGACGAUUGUUGAGGAACGAGCAGCUGGCGUUGGAAAUCAAACCGCGCCUGCACUACAGUGCUGGCGAGGAUCUGGCUCGGCAUGAGCGCCAGCUCGCCGCCAUGCGUGAGGCACACAGCGCUGAGCAGCGAGCACACCGGGAACGCCUGGAGGUCGCUAUUGGGGAGCGAGUGCAGACCCAGCGGCAGGAGCAAGCCGCGGCUUUGGUCGCAAGGCAGCAGGCUGAGGAGCAACGACGUCAGGACGAGGCCCAGCGUCUGCAGAAUGAGCAGAUCUACCUGAACUUCAAGCGUGAUGAACGCCAACAGCGACUCCGAGGCAUGCACGCCCUGCGCGGCCAACUUGACAAGCAGCUGCAGGAGCGCGCCGCUGUCGAAGCUCAGCCCGAGAUCAACUACAAUCGCAAUGCCGUGCUCGAGACAAUGCGCGAGGAUGAGUUCUUCUUCAACUACGCCCAUCAACUGAUGACGACCGCUCGCAACGAGGGCUGCCCCCUCAAGCCUUUCGUGCGCGCCGUCCAGCAAUACAAGAGCGACAACCAUAUUGAUGCCGGCAUCCGCGUGCCGCGACAUCUCGUUUCCAAGCUGACAAUGGGUCUGCGCACUGAAGGCGAUAGCCAGGCUGCCACCAAGCAGCCGGAGCAACCAUUGCAGGACUCUAAAGAGGAACAGCAGCGCUUGUCCAGGAUUCGGGAAAAGCUGCAAGAAAUUGAGAAAUUGGUGCGAGAGGAAGCCCUGGAAAGGGCUAAGGAUAACUCAGAAACAACGAAACCUCAAGAAAGUCCAAGUCCACCCAACCUAAAAUUGAAUCUCACCGGAAAAACAAAUCGUACAGAGUCGUAA